AUGCCUCCACCGCUUAUUGAGGAAAUGGAGGAUUUGGACGGCGGUCUACCUCACGAUUGGGAGGAAGACCUAGAUCUGCUUGCGGAUCCCUUUCUCGCCGCUUAUGACAAUGAAGUCGAUGAGGGGGAGCCCGAGCUAGGCAAUGAGGUCUCCAACUUUGACGAUCACGUCCCUUCUCAAGCCUUGGAAGCACCACCAUCAUUCAUCGAUGAUGAGUUAUCCCCAGCACAAAUUCCAGGACCGCCGAUGCCUGUCGACGCUGUACCGGAAGCUCCGUUACAGAAGCAGCCCAUCUUCGACCAACAUGGCAAAAAGAUAGGCACUAUUCUACCGGCGAUGACCAUCAACCCUCCGCGGAACAUAUCGAUCGACAUUCCCUCCAGCACGCUUACCAGACCGGCGAGUCUUUACCAAGGCGAAGAGCCGCGACUCAGCGAACGAGAAUGGGUAGCGGUGCGGUCUUUGUUGCAAGAGACGCGGCAGAACAGUGACGAUGGAGACGAGCAAGACUUCAUUGACUUUGAGAUUGAAGACUUCGCCGUGUACAUUGACGCUACGGUACCGGGUGGCAAGCUUUACGAGGAGAGACGGUAUCCCUGCGAGAUGCGCCCCCUGCAACAUCUGAGUAUUCAGACCGCAUGCACUCAGAUGUACGUCGAUGGUGUCUUGUCAGUGGGGGAUAAGCGAUUCUUUGUUAGGCAAAUACCUUUCGACGAAUUGCCUAUCGGCAACUACGGGGUUUCCGAGGCCACAGUCGGCUCUGAGAUUUGGAUACGUUCCAAAUAUAACGUUGCCAUCGCCGACAAGAAAGGCUCAGAUGUUUACUAUCGUCUUGGAAGUCCAGCGCCAGAAUACCGACGCUAUCAUGCUGGGUUUCUCUGGAUUGCAGAUCUCGCGAAGCAUGUAGUAGACUAUCUCUCUGCGGCUAUCGAGCAACGCCGUCGCGUGACGUUCCGUGACUUCCGAUCCAACUUUUCUCAAUGGCUCGCGGAGACGCAUGGUAACUCGAAUGCUUUCUCCAAAUGGCGGCGGCAAUAUUCCGGAGAGGACUUUUGCACAGCAAUUGUGCCGAAUGUCGAAUUCAUCUAUAAGGAAGCUUACGGGGUCCUUGGGCACCAUAAAGCCACAACGAUAUAUCUCUGGAGAGAGAUUCGCGAGUUCACUGCAUUCGCCGAUAAGCAGAACAAGACGCUCCAGACCGCUGACAGUGACGCUUCCACGCCACAAGCUUCACCGUCGCCAACGCCGACUCCAAAAAGACACAAGCCAGCUAAUAUACCCAAAACAGUGGUAACUCCUUAUAUCAACGACCUGUUCCAUCAUUUACCCUGUGGGCCGAUGAUGGUGGCAAACAGUCCGAGCGCAAACGUGGAAAAGCUCCGGAAGGGCGUCAUCAGGGGCCUGGGCUUGGAGGAGGCUACCAGAAUUCACACGACAGCCAAGGACGUCUUUGAGAAGCCUGGACAGGAAGUGCGAGUUGGAGAUGUGGUUUCAACCCACAGAGACGACAACGAAGACCACUGGGUUCGAGAAGAUGGUACCGGAUUCAAUGACGUCGACUGUUGGUUCGGGCUCGUUCAGAAAGUUCAUCAUGUCCACAACUCGCGACAGAAGAGUUUUGACGUCAUUUGGAUCUAUACCCCUACGCAUACGCUCUGCGGCACCAUGAGGUAUCCUUGGAACAACGAGUUAUUCCUGUCGGACCACUGCACCUGCGGCGAUUCUUCCGUUGGAAAGAUCAAGGAGGACGAGGUAUUGGGGGUCCACAAAGUAGACUGGGGAGGCUCGUCUGGAACUGAUGCGGAAUUCUUUUGCCGCCAAACCUACCUCCACCAGGAGCGCAGGUGGAUUACCUUCAAGGAGAACCAUCUGCGAUGCCUUCACCGCCGAGAUUUACUGGAGUUUCCUUACCGAGUUGGUGAUACCUUGCUGGUAAGCCUAGAGUCAGAUGACGCCACAGCCGAGCCCUGCGAGUUGACAGCUCUCCCCAACGCCGACGGCGUAGCAACGUUCCGCCGCCUGGAGCGCAGACAUCGUCUGCAGCCUGACAUGAAUGUUCCGCCGAAUGAACUAGUCUACACCGACGAGAUAUUUACUCUGAAGCAGAGAAAGAUUCAUGGUAGGUGUCUCGUCCGAGUCUUCAGUCUAGGAGAAAAGAUACCACCACCAUACGAUCGGAACGGGGUGGGCAAUGCCUUCUUCAUAACGCAGCGAUGGCAGGAUGGCGCCAUGGUUUCCGUUGACGAUGCUCCAAUUUCAUCGCUUAGACAGGCAUUUAAUCCCCAGAAAGUAUUCCACAAGCUUCGGGGCUUCGACCUCUUCUGUGGAGGUGGAAACUUUGGUCGCGGCCUUGAAGAAGGCGGGGCUAUCGAGAUGAACUGGGCCAACGACAUCAACAUUAAGGCCAUCCACACUUACAUGGCCAAUGCUACCAAUACCGUUCACCCUUUCGCCGGAUCGAUUGACGACCUUCAACGACUUGCUCUUCAAGGAAAUUUCAGCGAAAAGGUCCCUGAAAUCGGGAUGGUCGACUUCGUUUCCGGUGGUAGUCCCUGCCCUGGCUUCUCACGCUUGACAAUUGACAAGGCCACCCCCGAGCAGCGCAAGAACCAGUCACUUGUGGCAGCUUUUGCUUCGUUCGUUGACACGUACCGACCUCGCUAUGGCCUGCUGGAGAAUGUCAUGGAGAUCCUUCAGCCGAAGGGACGCCGAGGCGAGGAUGUGUUCAGCCAGUUGAUUUGCGCCCUCGUCGGGCUCGGCUACCAAGUAGAGGUCUUCUUGUUGGAUGCUUGGAAUUACGGAUCGCCUCAAAGUCGAAGCCGGAUUUUCUUAUGCUUUGCUGCGCCUAACCUCGCUCUUCCCGACAUGCCUCUCCACUCUCAUUCCCACUAUACGGAUAGGAUUCGCAGCCGAGGACUGGGCUGGAUCCCAAACGGCGACUCAAUGGUCGACCGGCUGGUAAUGCCUACCCCGUUCAAGUUUGUCAGCGCACGAGAGGCGACGGCUGAUUUGCCUGACAUUAUGGAUGGAAAGGCAGACUAUUCCAUCAACUUUCCCGACCACAGAGUCGCCGUCGGUGUCACUAAAAGAUUACGCACGCAGAUGGGUGUCAUCCCCAUGCACCCCUACGGAAUGAAUUUUCGCAAAACAUGGGAUAAAGGGGAAGGAGUCAUGACACUGGCGGAGAGGAGCCUCUUCCCGGAGAAAGGUGAGAGGGUUAAUGAUUCGAUCUCCAACUCCUGGGGACGAGCUUUACCAGGCAAGGUCAUGCCAACGAUUACGACGGUUCCCGCACCUACGGAUGCCCGCAUCGGAUUCGUCAUGCAUUGGGAACAGGAUCGCGUUUUGACCGUCAUGGAAGCCCGGCGUGCCCAAGGCUUCCGAGACCACGAGGUCCUACUUGGACCUCCCAAGGACCAAUGGAAAGUGGUCGGAAACAGUGUGGCUAGGGAGGUCUCGCUGGCCUUGGGUCUUUCCUUUCGCCAGGCGUGGUUGGGAUCUCUUAUUGACGGGGAUGAAGUCGCACCAAGAGUUCACGUCGAACACGACCUCUCUGAUGAUGUGCAGAUGAUGGACACGCCGCCUCUAGCAGAGUCCGGUGCAAGCAUCUCUGGAUCGGCAUCGCCAGCUUCAUCGUCAAGUCGCGCCGUGCCUGCUAAACGUCCCCUUGGAAGCACACUCUUGGUUGGGCGCUUCACGUCAAAGAUGACGAAGUCGAGCCGGAUGCAAACGGCAACACACUCUUGGUUGGGCGCUUCACGUCAAAGAUGA